AAUAGGUCUCAACUUGUAAUACUGGUAAGUCACUCUGCCUAGUUUCCAAUAACCCAAAAACCAAAAAGUAACACCAAAGAAAAAAACACACACAAGAAACACAAAAAAACACAGAAGAAACUGCACUGCACCUCGAUUUGAUCAUUCCUUCUUCUGUCUGAAAAAUCAUUUACAAUUUUUAAUUUUUGUUACUUAGACUUACUUAUUUAACUUUGUUUCUCUCUCUAGGAGGUGAGGGAUAUUGCCAGUAAUGGCAGUGUUUCAGUGGCAGUGCAAGAAAAAGGGGUUAGAGUUUUCAUUGGGAAGGUAAAAUUUUUGCACCCAAAUACAAGCCAACGUUUAACACCUUCAUGUUUUUCAUGGGAACUCUAUUCUUCUUCUCCCCGUUUCACUCUUGGUAGAUAGUUGGAUACAUAAAAAUAUAGAGAGAGAAAAAAGAACCCUAUUAGUACUACUAUUUCUCUUGCAGAGGAAAAAGAAAAGAAAAGAAAAAGGUAUUGGGGUAGCAGGGUUUGCUUUUUCUGACUACUAGUAUUGCUUACUAUGUAUUCCAUUAAGGAUUUGCUGUGAAAAAAGCCUGAAAUCAGUAAGCUUAAAACUCGGGAGAUCUUAGCCCCAAAAAGAGAGGGAAAACAAAAGAUAAUUACAGAGUAGUCUCUCUGUGUGUUUUUGUGUGUGAGAGAGAGAGAGAGAGAGAAAGAUUAUGGUUUCAUAGGCAAAAACAAAAGGAACAAAAUUAACACUCAAGAAGAAACUCAGAGAAAGAAAAAGAUAGUUUAGAGAGAGAGAGAGAGUGUUAAUAAUGGAGGGGGGUUCUAGUGGAAAUAAUACAUCUAGUUUGAUGAUGGGCUAUGGAGAUCAUGACAACAACAACAACAACAGUGGAAAUGGAAAUGCAACACUAUGUCCUCCUCCAAUGAUGAUGAUGAUGAUGCCUCCUUCUCAUCCUUCUUUAACUAACAAUAACAAUGCAGAAACCAGCAACAACAACAACAACAACAUCCUAUUUCUUCCUUUCAUGGACAACAACAACAAUAGUCCUCAUGAAGAUCACGGAAACUCUUCUUCUUCUUCUUCUUCCAUCAAGUCAAAGAUUAUGGCUCAUCCCCACUACCCUCGUCUCUUGGCUGCUUAUGUCAAUUGUCAGAAGAUAGGAGCUCCGCAAGAAGUGGUGGCAAGGCUAGAGGAAAUAUGUGCCACGUCAGCAACAAUGGGCCGUAACAGUAGUGGCAUCAUUGGAGAGGAUCCUGCGCUUGAUCAGUUCAUGGAAGCUUACUGUGAGAUGCUGACAAAAUAUGAACAAGAACUCUCAAAACCCUUUAAGGAAGCGAUGGUUUUUCUCUCAAGAAUUGACUGCCAGUUCAAAGCUCUCACUCUUGCUUCCUCUCACGAAUCUGCUCUAGGUGCGGCAAUGGAUAGAAAUGGAUCAUCUGAAGAGGAAGUUGACGUGAACACCAGUUUCAUCGAUCCUCAGGCUGAGGAUAGAGAACUCAAAGGUCAACUGCUGCGCAAGUACAGCGGUUACUUGGGGAGCCUUAAGCAGGAGUUCAUGAAGAAGAGGAAGAAAGGUAAGCUGCCGAAGGAAGCAAGGCAACAACUGCUGGACUGGUGGACCAGACAUUACAAAUGGCCAUAUCCAUCGGAAUCGCAGAAGCUGGCCCUUGCUGAAUCGACAGGAUUGGACCAGAAGCAAAUAAACAACUGGUUUAUCAACCAAAGAAAGAGGCAUUGGAAGCCUUCAGAAGAUAUGCAGUUUGUGGUGAUGGAUGCUGCUCAUCCACAUUACUAUAUGGACAAUGUUUUGGCUAACCAUUUCCCUAUGGAUAUGACCCCAACUCAUCUCCUCUGAAUAUUAUGGAGAUGGCAAAAUUCCAACUUAUGAAAAUGAAAGUGAAACUUCAAGAUUGUGUAAGAUUGGCUAAUAUUAUCAAGGAUGUUUUGCAUAUUACUCGUAUGCAUUGUAGUAGUAAUAGUGACAUCAUAAACUCUUAAUUAGACCAUAAAGUACUUGUAGCUAGAGCUAUUUCUAUUAUUAUGGUGAACUCUGGAAUUAAGUAGUUUGUAAUUUUAUCUACUAAUGUUAA